AUGUUAUUUGAAAUCACAUUAAUGAGUUUCAAUGCAAGCAAUUUUACUGGAGCUGAUCCAGUUCUUAGUCCAUUUAGUUUUUCACUUUUUAUUAUUAUUGCUGUCUUUGUAUGUUUAAGUAUGUUUCUUUCAAUAAUUAAUGAUGAGUUUCAUCAUGUUGAACAAAAUUCAAUUGAAAAUCAACAAAUUUUAUUAUAUAUGUUAAAGUAA